AUGAGCAAGGCAAGCAUUUCAGACGAUUGUAUCGUACAUAGUCGAAAAUAUUUAUCGAACUUUCAUGCCAAUGUCAAUGAACUUCAUCGAACGAAAGAGUUUAGCUAUCCAAUUUUACAAAAACUACCGAAAUUAUGUUGUUCGUGCGAAAAUAAAAAAGGUUUACUAAGUCUAAUAUUGAUUUCUAAUCGAAUUCGAAUUUAUUUAGGUGAACACAUCUUUACAGUCGCUCAUCUACGCAAAUUAUGCCAACGAAUUCAAGUGUUCGAAGGAAAUCUCUCGACAAGUAAAUUACACUGUGAUAAUUCGACUAUUUACUAUGUCAUCUUAACACAUUCCGAGAAAUUGACAGUUUCACAAUGUCUAUACAAAAUCGGUCGUUUUGUUGGACACAAUGGUGAAUCUCUUCAACGUUUCGAAAGCUCACGAAACAUCACGAUUAACAUUGUUAACAAACAAUCAAAUAAAAAACUUCGAGAAUUAGCCGAUCGACUACAAAUCAAAUAUCACCAGUAUUCAACUGAUAGUUAUAUGGUUUGUUUUACAGUUACAAAUGGUGAUCAUCGUCCAAAAAACAUCAGUAAAAUCAAAAAUGCUUUACACAGUAGAUGGAAUGAUAUUGUUAUGAGAAAUUAUGACGGAAGAACAUAUGGAUACAAUAUAUCUUCAAGAGAAAUCAUUGAACCUUCAGUUGAAUUCACUGAAGAUAGUCGAUGGAGACCAAAACGAAGAAUACCGAAAUCGAAAUUAAACAAAAUCAAGUGA